AUCAACAGACAGUGUUGUAUAAUUUCUAAGUUAAGUCGGCCGUACGUCCAAGGGAGUGAAUUUUUAUUUUGAGCUGAAAAUUUUCAAUUCGUACACAUCCCAAGAUGUCCCUGUCAAUGGUCCUGCGUGGCGCUGUCCGUUGCAAUGCCGCAAAUCUCGUUAAAUCGGCUCGCAUCACUCCCCUGAAGAGCUACUCCACUCUCGUGGCUAAUGCCCAGCGUCGGGCUGUGGUUCAACCUCUGGCCGUGGCCAAGAUUGCUGCGCCUGUUGUGCGUGAGAUCUCCGUGAGCGCGCCUAGAAUGGCCUCCGCCGGCGGCAGCCACACUUUGUUGUGGACCGUGGAGCGAGUGGUAUCAGCCGGACUCUUGGCCGUCAUCCCAGCUGCAUUCAUCGCCCCCUCGCAGGUGUUGGACGCCCUGCUGGCCAUAUCAGUGGUGAUCCACGCUCAUUGGGGUGUUGAGGCCAUGGUGGUGGACUAUAUGCGCCCCUCCGUUGUGGGCAACGUCCUGCCUAAGGUGGCCCACAUCGCACUCAUCAUCAUCUCGGUGGCCACACUGGGAGGUCUCUUCUACUUCAUCCAGAACGACGUCGGACUGGCCAAUGGCAUCAAACGCUUCUGGGCCAUCAAGGGUAAGGAUGCCGAGAAGAAGCAGGCAUAAGCUUGGAAACGGAAGUUGACGAACGACGAAACACCAGUUAUUUAUUCAUAGUUUCGCAAUAAUCAGGACCGCGUUAGGCAGUAAAUAAACAAUUGUAUAAAGUAA